GUUGCCACCGCCGCGGCAGCUGUUGCUGCUGCGGCCGCCAGCGUAGUUUCAACCACCCCUCAGUCCCUGAAACUGACAUACCCGGAGAUCCUGGAUCGCAUCAAAGAAGAAUUUCAGUUCCUGCAGAACCAGUACCACAGCUUGAAGCUCGAAUGCGAAAAGCUGGCGACGGAAAAGACGGAAAUCCAGCGGCAUUAUGUCAUGUAUUAUGAAAUGUCCUACGGCCUGAACAUCGAAAUGCACAAACAGACGGAGAUCGCCAAGCGUCUCAACGUGAUCUGUGCUCAACUCAUCCCCUUCCUUUCCCAAGAGCAUCAACAGCAGGUGGUUCAAGCCGUGGAGCGGGCCAAGCAGGUGACUAUGGCAGAACUGAACAUGGCAAUUGGGCACCAGCUUCAGGCCCAGCACCUCACCCACCAUGCGCCCCCCAUCCCGCUGACGCCGCACCCCUCCAGCAUGCAGUCGGCAACCUUAGCUACCAUUGGCAGCGCUUCCGGGCUCCUGGCGCUCUCCGGGGCACUGGGGGGUCAGGCCCAGCUCAUCGCAAAGGAUGAUCGAGGACUUCACGAUGCCGAGCACAGAGAGAGAGACCCGGGUCCCAGUUCCUUGGCCUUGUCCAAUGGAGAAAGGAUGCGGGCCAUUUCCGACUAUCUGACUGGAGGCAAAAAGAGGAAAUCGGAAGAGAAGGAUUACGGCACCGACUACGGGAGCGACGGAGAGAAGAGUGACGAUAAUCUUGUGGUGGACGAGGUGGAGAAAGCCGGCACCCCAGGCUUGAAAUCGAGCACCCCGACGUCCCAAGGCGAAGGGACGGGGCCUGGCUCCAGCAGCAGCACCCCGCAGCUCCGCCCAGGCGUAGCCAAGCAGACAGUGGAGUCGCUCGCCCUCGGCCUGAGAAACCCGCUGGCGCUCCAGAGCGCCUACCCCGCCGCUUUCAACGUAGCCCACGCCUCGGUCAACGGAGAAAUGGCCGGUGCCGGGGCUUACGCCGGACUGCAUCUCGUGGCUCCCCAGAUCAAUGGGGCAGCCGUCGUGGGAGCUGGCACUUACGGGCGCUCCCCGAUGGUUGCCUACGAUCCCCAUUCGCACUUGCGGGUUCCAGGACUCUCUACGGGGAUGCAGGCGGGGACAUCUUCAGGGAAACCGGCCUACUCCUUCCACGUGAGCGCCGACGGCCAGAUGCAGCCGGUCCCCUUCCCACCCGACGCCCUCAUCGGCUCCGGCAUCCCGCGGCACGCCCGCCAGCUCCACACGCUGACCCACGGCGAGGUGGUCUGCGCCGUGACCAUCAGCAACUCCACCCAGCACGUCUACACGGGAGGGAAGGGCUGCGUCAAGGUGUGGGAUGUGGGGCAGCCCGGAGCCAAAACGCCUGUCGCGCAGCUAGACUGCCUGAACCGGGAGAACUACAUCCGCUCCUGCAAGCUUCUCCCGGACAGCCGGAGCCUCAUCGUGGGCGGGGAGGCCAGCACCCUCUCCAUCUGGGACCUGGCGGCCCCUACCCCACGGAUCAAGGCCGAGCUGACCUCCUCCGCCCCAGCCUGCUACGCCCUGGCCAUCAGCCCUGACGCCAAAGUCUGCUUCUCCUGCUGCAGCGACGGGAACAUCGUGGUGUGGGAUCUGCAGAACCAGACGCUGGUUAGACAGUUCCAGGGUCACACAGACGGGGCCAGCUGCAUCGACAUCUCCAACGACGGCACCAAACUGUGGACGGGGGGGCUGGACAACACCGUCCGGUGCUGGGAUCUGAGGGAGGGCCGGCAGCUUCAGCAGCACGACUUCAGCUCCCAGAUCUUCUCCUUGGGCUACUGCCCCACGGGCGAAUGGCUGGCCGUCGGGAUGGAGAGCAGCAACGUGGAAAUCCUGCACGUGUCGAAGCCCGAGAAGUACCAGCUCCAUCUUCACGAGAGCUGCGUCCUCUCCCUCAAGUUCGCCUCCUGCGGGAAAUGGUUUGUCAGUACGGGAAAGGAUAACCUCUUGAACGCAUGGAGAACCCCCUAUGGAGCCAGUAUAUUCCAGUCUAAGGAAUCGUCCUCCGUCCUCAGCUGCGACGUUUCUACGGACGACCAAUUCAUCGUCACUGGCUCCGGGGACAAGAAAGCCUCCGUUUAUGAGGUCAUCUACUGAG